GCCUCUAUUUGGAGUAGUAUCUGGGCAGUGACUGAUGUGCGGUGAUUGCACAUAGUUUACUGCUUAUUCACUGGUCUAAUUUUGCAGACAGUUGUCGUGCGUGUAUGUACGUGAAUUAGAAAGAAGAGCCGAUCAUAUUUGUGACCCAGACUUUUGGAACCGUUGGUUGCGAGCACACGACCAAGUGCAUUUUCCGCGCGUAGAGACUCCGAUAAAGUUUGGGAGUGGGCGGAAAAGAAAGGUGAUUUCUGAUUAAUUGGUUCCAUCGCACUUUAGUGAAAGGAGCUUGGUGGUAACCCGGAGCGAGGUUGGUUGUGGACGACAUAAUAAUAAAAAAAGCAGUACGAGAUUGGAACCAGGGAGACGGCGACGAUGGCGACAAUUGCUCGGGCGCCGGCCGGCAGAAUGAAAGGUCAAGCUCCACUACCGCCGCCUCAGCCAGCUCCACGCAGGAUCUUCACUGCUGCCCAAAAUUGUAAAGUUAAACACAGAGAUCAGAAUCCGGGAGAAAUGAAAGAAAAUGUGUUGCCUGGAACAGUGGACAUAUUGGUUUUCUUACCAAACGGUGCAGAAAAAAUGGUUGAAGUGAGUGGAAGUAAAGCAGUGAUGGAUCUCUUGAUUGAUUUGUGCAGUCAGUAUCAUUUGAAUCCAACCCAUCAUACCCUUGAACUGCAAUCCAGAGAGACGUGCAAACCAUUGGGCUUCAAGCCAAAUACUCCAGUUGGAGUUUUGGAUAUAGACAAAGUGUUCAUAAAGCAGAAAGUUAUUGAGGAGAAGCCAAGAAGACCCCCACCUGUAGUGCCUGAAAAAACUGUGAGGUUGGUGGUGAAUUUCCACAAGACACAAAAAACUGUGGUGCGAGUCAGUCCAUUUGUACCCUUGCAGGAUCUGCUGCCAGCUAUAUGUGAGAAAUGUGACUUCAAUUCAGAUCACCUUGUACUCCUGAAAGACAACAUCAGAAGGGAAAAGGUGGAUCUUUCAAAAUCGUUAAAUGAUUUGGAAACCCGGGAAUUGUAUGCUCUGGAUACUAGCAGAGAGUUCAGUCAAAGUGCAUCAACGCUCACUGGCAUGAAUGAAAAGGAACAAAAAGGGCUAUUGGACUUCUUCAAAAUUGGCAAAAAGAAACCAAAAGGUUAUUCAACAGCACCAUCCACGCCAACUGUUAACACGCGAUCGACUAUGUUGAAUGCAUCGCUUUCUACUGACAACAUAUUGAGAAUGGCUCAAGUGACAGAUGUAAAGAAACGCAGAGCACCACCUCCACCAUCAGCUCCCCCAGAACACAGCAGCAUAAAGAUUGCCAAUCAAAGUGCGCAAGAGCCUGGUGCUGAAUCUCAAAAUUCGACGCAAAAGAAACGACGUGCUCCAGCUCCACCAUCUCGUAUCCCAAAUAAAUUAGAUGGAACAGAAUUUGAAAGGAGCAAUACCUUUGGUAUUACUGGACAUCAGGUGCCACUUAAGCCUCCAAGAAGUACAUCGCCAGUGUCAGGCAAAGCACGUAGUCCACCCCAGUUAACGAUUCCUCCUCCCCCACCAUACCCACCUUCAGCAGACAUUGAGAUUGCCAACCAGCCAGGAAUGUCACCACAGUAUGAUUUGACUAACAUGGUGCCUGAAAUUACUGAACACGGUGAAUCGAUGCCUGAAUCGGGACUGGGAUCAGAACAAGAUAGUGCAGUUGGUGAUGAUAUAACGGAAAUAGAAUGUGAAGAUAGGAAAGAGACUGCAUCAGUAAAGAGUAGUGACAGUUGCCACCGAAGUCUUUCAGAAUACACUGCAACAUCAGAGGGUGAACUGUUGAAUUUUGAUGACUCUGGGACUGUAAACACUCAAUUUGAUGUACCCUUCCCAGUUUCUCUCACUGGCAGCCUCAGUUUGAGGAACAAAACAAACACUAACGAGAUCCCAAGUGCCUCAAAUAAGGUAAGUGGCACAGAAGAAUAUUCAACAUGGAGUCGUGAUUGGUCUUCUGAAUAUGAAUCAAAUUCUGCUGGGAACUACAAUAUCAGCACUGGACCUAACUGGAAGGAAGAAGCUGUGAUCUCCAUUGCAGACCAGGCACAUCUAACCUUAACAGGAUUGGCUGCUGUGCAAGAUUCAGCCAUAAAAAAAUCUUCCACACUGUCUGACAAAAUCAUUGAUGAACAAGAAUUUGUUCCAGUGACAAUCAUUGAUGAAGUAUCAUGGACUUGCCAGGAGAAAACUGAAGAGAAAAUAUUACAGGAAGAAGUACCAGAGUCUACAGAAGCAAAAGUUCACAAUACAGAUAGGAAUCAGCAAACAUGCUCGACAACAAUAACUGGAGCUUUGGCAACCAGUAUGCAGAAAGAGUCAUUAUCUAAUGUUUCAUUUGAUACAUUCUAUCCUGCAAGUUUUCUCAAUUGUACAGACAUCAGACAGGAGCCCAUUAAAAAAACAAUGGAAAUUUCACAGGGAAAGAUGAAUGAUAUCAAUGAUGAGAUAAUAUCAGACAAAAACAAAUUUAAAAUUACUUUGCCUGCAAACGAACUGAAGUACGAAAUGCAGGUUAGAGGAAAUGGUAAGAAAGACUUGCACAACAUUCCACCAGUGGAGGUUGACCAAAUAACUUUGGAAGCUACAAAGUGUGUGGAAGUACUGGAGAAUGUCCAAGCAGAACAUCUUAUACAAGAUCAAAAUUGUUCUCCGGCAAAUUAUGCUCCAGAACACGAGCAUACAUCAUGCAGGUGGAUAAAUACUACCAAUAAAGUUACUCAUGGAUGUAUUCCAAAAGUAGGCAUGAGGACAUUUACAGUUAUUCCCCCAAAGCCAGUAAUAAAUCCUAAGGGAAGAGAAAGCUUGUCAUCAGUCACAAAUGCAAUGAAGAUCGAUGAUCAAGGCAAUUUAAUACAUGUCAAAAUCAGCGAAAAACAAAGCAAAGAUACUACAACAGCAGCCAGUGGCAAGGAAUCACUGUUGGAACAAGCAAAAAUGUUCUGGAAUGCAAAAAGUUUGGAUAAGGAUAAUCUACAUUGUGCUGACCCAGGUACAACUAUGGCAAUAAAUGAAACUGGCCGCACAGCUAGUGAUUUUCAACUGCAAGAGGCAGCAAACAAGUUGACAAAUAUAUCCCCCAAAUCAAAAAUAGUUACUACAGAGACUAUACCUGCAGGUAGUAAGUCACUUAAAACUUGCUUGCAUUCCACUGAAGAAAAGCCAUUAUUGUCAGUUAAGCCAUUGAAUCAAAAAAUUGCAAGUGUACCAGAAAGUACCCACCACAGAACAGAAAGUAAUUUUAUUAAGCCCUGCAGAAGAACAUCAAGUCAAUAUGUCGCCUCAGCAAUUAGCCACUACACAGGCAUACGGUUAACAAAAACUGGACCUGGGAAUGAAUCGAAUGUUCAGAGUAACAGUGAAUUUGAGAGUAAAUCGGAGGAUAAACAUAAAUUUAGACCUGCUGAGAAGUCUUCUGUGAAUCCUUCAAAAAAAGAUUUAAUGGAAAACCAACAGAAGACAGGGUUUGAACUCCAAUCCAACACAGAAAAUGUUGAAAAAGUGAUAUUACAUAAGGAAGCUAAAGAUGUUCCAAAUCAGAAUUCAUUUCUUCAAGGUGUGUCAACUCAAACAAACUCGCUCAACAAAGUUAAAUCCCAAUCACAACCUUUACAAUUAGUCAUAAAGGAUGCCUUUUCUCCUGACGAGCAAUGUCCUACUGCAAAUGUGCAGAUUCCACAAAGUGAAAUGCAUUCACCUUUUUUGAAAGAUGUCGUGAUUUCCGGUGCUCCAAGUGAUCAGUCGGUUAACGCAUCUGUGACCUUUGCAAUCAAUCCAAUUUCAACUUUAUUUUCAAAUUCUGUUAAAAGUCAUGUUACUGCUAUGAAACAAGGUGAUUGCAUCUCACAUAAUUUAUGCGUCUCAGAUCUGCCGACAAUAUCUGCUGUAGACUCUUCAGUUACUGAAACAGUAUUUGCGACGCAGUCAGAAUCUUCACCUUCCUUCCACACAAAUUGCUUCAAUAUCAAACCCAAUUCCAACAUGUUUGGGCCUGUCAAGAAAUUCAAACCCAUUAUUCAGAAGCCUGUACAGAAAGAUGAGUGCUUACACAGUUCUCUAAUGGAAGCUAUCCAAUCAGGGCAAAAUAAAGGACGGCUUAGAAAGAUUUCUGGUACAGUGAUAAAUGGUAAUCUUAAAAAUGAUUCAUCUAUUGCACCAGAGAAUGAACACUCUGCACUUUUGGCAUCAAUUAUAGAACACAGUGGAAUCACAAAACUGAAAAAGACAACUUCUACAGUAUCAAAAGAGUUAAAGGAUAUAAGGGAAUAUUCUCAGACAAGACAACCAACAGCUGCAUCUUGUGGUCCUCCUCCUGCUCCUCCUCCAGACUUUCCAAAAACUGAGAAGUUCACAACCAAAUCUGUUGCAAAUUUAGAAGAGGCGCGAACUGCAUUAUUAGAAGCGAUUCAGUCUGGCACUGGUGCAGCUCGCUUACGAAAGGUCUCUAUUCCAAGAAAUACAGUGCAAAUCAAUGGAAGGUCACGUUCUGUACAAAAAUCCAGCUGCUCAAGCCCAUACAUUUCUUGUUGAUCAAUGUUGGAAGUAAUCACACAGUGGUCAUUCAGAAUACUUUCAAGAAUACAGAAGAAGUGACAGAAACAAAUAUAGCUAUAUAUGACAGUUCUGCAUAAUAUAUUUUUUUGUGCAAAUGGGAUAUUUUCAGUAGAACUCAAUAAUGCUAAAUAUUUAUUUAAUCUUUACCUAUACAUUGAUUGUACUAUAGAUACUUCCAUUGUGAGAAGCCAUUGUAAGCAGCUGGAUCUCAUACUUAAUCCAUACAUAGUAAAUGCUCUGUAAUAAAUUUUCACCAAUUGAAGUGAUCUCAAAGCAAAAGCUUAUAAAAUAUUAUUGGAUAGUUGCUCUGGGCAUAGUUUGUGCCAAUUCUGCCAAAAGUUAUGUUCUUUUUUAAAUCUUUCAGUUGCAGCCUUGUCAUUGAAUUCAAAUCUUGUUGGAAUUUAAUGAUAAAUAUUUUCAUUGCCAGUACUUACCAAGUGUCCAAUGUAAAAUAUAACUUAAAUUUGUUAAUUUGUAUAUAUUUACACACAUACAAACAGUAAUCUUAAUUUGUACUUGCCUAUGAUAACUGAUUUUUUUUUCUUUUGACAAAAUGAGAUUGAAAACUUGUCUUAUAAAUUUACAUUUGAGCUGUUUUUCUAUGAAUGGUUUAUGUGAUUACUUGUUGGUAACAUAAGAAAUCAUAGAUAUGACUUAACUGUCUCUGAAGAAAAAAGAUGUAACUGAUUCUAUUUGAUGUUUACAUAAUUAUAACUAAAUGUAAUUUGUGCCAUUGUUAAAAUUUACAUGAUUAAUAACAUGCCCAUUUUCUUAAAGGAUAGUACAGAAUUUUUGUUUAUUAUGCAUGCUAUUGUAAGAGCAAACCAUUGAAAAUGUAAGUACACAAAAUAAAACCUUAGCCACACAUUAA